GAGUUUGUAGAAGAUUCCAAAUUAAAAAAAAAAAAAAAAAAAAAAAACCUCAUUUGACAUAUCAGUUAAGAUUCCUUGGAUUAACAAUUAUGCUAUAGUUGCCAACAGUCAAAGAAAUCAGGGAAGAAAACUCACCUCAGUAUCUGAAUAGCAAGAAACUGACAAGCCCUGAACCCAGAAACUAUAAGUGGUGGAUCUGUAUCAUCAUGUAUGCAUUCUUUGUAAUCUUUGGCCGGUCAGCAUCCACACUCUUGGCACGCCUAUACUACAAGAAAGGUGGGAAUAGCAUAUGGGUAGCUAUGCUUGCGCAACUUGCAGGCUUCCCAAUCCUCAUUCCUUGUUACUGCCUCUCACCACCUAAAAGUUGCACCACAAAUGGGCAAACAAAGCAGCCAUCUGCCUUGUUACUAGCUUUAGUCUAUUUCUCUUUUGGUAUAUGCCUAGCAGCGUAUAGCUUGAUGUAUUCUAUAGGACUCUUACACCUUCCAGUAUCAACUUUUUCUCUCAUUUGUGCAUCCCAGUUGGCCUUCAAUGCUCUCUUCUCGUUCUUCCUUCAUUCACAAAAGUUCACUCCUUUUAUAAUCAAUUCACUAGUUCUACCAACCAUCUCCUCCACCCUCCUGAUAUUUCAAACUGACCCAUCUAGCCACAGUGAAGCCUCUAAAGGAAAAUAUGCAAUUGGAUUCCUAUGCACAAUCGGUGCAUCUGCAGGGUAUGGCUUGAUGCUUUCUUUAGCACAACUCUCCUUCAAUAAGCUUCUAAAAGGAGAAGCACAUGCAAAGGUCUUUGAAAUGGUGAUAUAUCAGUCACUGGUUGCCACCUCUACUGCCAUAAUGGGACUUUUCACCAGCGGGGAAUGGAAAGGUUCGUCAAUAGAAAUGGAGGAGUUUGAACUGGGUAAAUUUUCCUAUGUAAUGACCCUGAUUGAGACAGCUAUAGCUUCACAGUUUUUUGUUGUUGGGGCAAUAGGAUUGAUUUUCAAAGUGUCCUCUCUCUUCUCCAAUGCCAUAAGUGUCUUGGGUUUGCCUGUUAUUCCAAUUCUAGCUGAGAUCUUUUUCCAUGACAAAAUGGAUGCAAUAAAGGCAAUUGCCAUGGUAUUGGCUAUAUGGGGCUUUGUUUCAUAUGUCUAUCAGUGCUAUCUUGAUAAUAAAAGCUCCAAGAGUGAAUAUAAAAGUAGCAGUGAAGUUUCAAAGAGUCCAUUACUUGAAGAGGUUAGUUAAUGGAUAAGUUGGGUGCACAUGGUUCUAUAUGAGAUUGUCAU